AGCAAAAAUGGCUGAUGAAGAUUUAUCCUUGAAUGAAGACCAACUUUUGGAGAAUUUGGAUGAGGCUAAUGGCGAAAAUGAAUCGGAACUAAUAAACGAGGACGAUACAAAUAUGCAAAUUGAUCCUGAAUUGGAAGCUAUUAAAGCUCGUGUCAAAGAAAUGGAAGAAGAAGCUGAAAAAAUCAAACAAAUGCAAACAGAGGUAGAUAAACAAAUGGCUGGCUCGACCACAGGUUUGGCAACGGUGCCAUUAUCGCUGGAAGAAAAACAGGAAAUCGAUACACGUUCUGUGUAUGUGGGCAAUGUGGAUUAUGGCGCCUCAGCCGAAGAAUUGGAAGCACAUUUCCAUGGCUGUGGUACAAUAAAUCGUGUUACAAUUUUAUGUAAUAAGGCCGAUGGGCAUCCCAAGGGAUUUGCAUACAUUGAAUUUGGUUCCAAAGAAUUUGUUGAGACUGCAUUGGCCAUGAAUGAGACACUGUUUCGUGGUCGUCAAAUUAAGGUUAUGUCUAAGCGUACUAACCGUCCCGGUUUGUCAACAACUAAUCGUUUCCCCCGUGGCAGUUUUCGUGGUCGUGGUGGUUCGCGCAUUUCCAGAGCCUGCUGUCACACAACUACCUUCCGUGGUGCACGUCGCCCCAUAAGAGGUUAUCGUGGACGUGUCAAUUAUUAUGCUCCUUACUGAUUAAUAUUCUUACCUACUUUUAAUGAUUUUUUUUACAAUAUAUAAUGAUUUCAAAAAACAUUAUAUUGUUGCCAUUCUUCAAAAAAUAUAAACAAAAAAAUAAAACUGAUCCGA